GGCGGAGACAACUCCUAGAAGUAGACGCCGCGUCCCGCCGCGGGCCCGCGUAGUACCCAGAGGCUGCCGCCGCCUCGCCGAGUUCCUGCGGCUGCCACCGCGCGGAGUAUGGGCGCAGAUGGCCAUGGAGGGCUACAGGGGCUUCCUGGGGCUGCUGGUGUCGGCGCUGCUCGUCGGCUUCCUGUCCGUGAUCUUCACCCUCAUCUGGGUCCUCCACUACCGGGAGGGGCUUGGCUGGGACGGGACCGCGCUCGAGUUUAACUGGCACCCGGUGCUCAUGGUCACCGGCUUCGUCUUCAUCCAGGGCAUAGCCAUCAUUGUAUACAGACUGCCAUGGACCUGGAAAUGCAGCAAGCUCCUGAUGAAAUCCAUCCACGCGGGCUUACACACGGUUGCUACCAUUCUCGCCGUUAUUGCUCUGGUGGCCGUUUUUGAUUUCCACAAUGCCAGGAACAUCCCCAAUAUGUACAGUCUGCACAGCUGGGUUGGUCUGAUAGCUGUCAUUUUCUACAUCUUACAGCUUCUCCUAGGUUUUUUCGUCUUUCUGCUUCCUUGGGCUCCACUCUCUCUCCGAGCACUUCUCAUACCCCUGCAUGUUUAUUCUGGGCUUCUCAUCUUUGGGACAGUGAUUGCGACAGUACUUAUGGGAGUGACCGAGAAACUGAUUUUUGCCCUGAAAGAUCCUGCAUACAGUACAUUCCCGCCAGAAGGUGUUUUCACAAAUACCCUUAGCCUUCUGAUUCUACUGUAUGGGGCCCUCAUUUUUUGGAUAGUCACCAGACCACAGUGGAAACGCCCUAAAGAACCAAAUUCUGUCCUUCUUCAGCCAAAUGGAGGCGCUCCAGAGGGAGUGGAAAGUUCCAUGGCGAUGAACUUUGGCAAUGUGGACAAAUCAGAUGCAGAGUUAAACAGUGAAGCAGCAGCGAGGAAAAGGAACUUCACCCUUGACGAGGCUGGACAGAGAUCCACCAUGUAAAACGGGGUAGAGAUAUAGCCACGUUACUUCACUUUAAAAAACUAGCUCUACAGUUUAGCUUCUCGUAUUUAGCCCUAAGAUGGUUGGGCUCCACUGGGUCCAUAUUUAUUCUAAUCAUAAAGCAGAAUUUCUUGAAUGCAUUUGUAUUGAUUGAGGCCUAUGAACUUACCUGAAUUGGAAAGGAGAUGAUCAAAGUAAAUAAUAGUGGAUAUAAAUUGUGGUGAUGUUACCUCUCCCUGGUUGAGGACCAAAGCAUUUAGCCCAGUGCCUUGAACAUAUGAUAGAACAUACAAUCAAAAUGUGUCUGUUGGUUGGUAAAUUUGAUAAACUAAACUAUCCCUGGCCUCUUGUCUUGCAGUCAUUUUCUGUUAAUUCUGGGAGUCCAGUCUUGAAGUUUUAGAAUGAGAUCAUGAAUAUCUGGGACAGGGUUUGUGCUCCACAGAUAUGAUGACUAGAGCACAGAAAAAAAUGUAGGAAAGUAACUGGUUCCCUUUACCCUGUGCCUGCCCUCUGCUCCCUCCCUGGCUGGUUUGGCCUUAGGUUGGCCCUGGGGACCAGGGUUUAUAUUAGGGUAUUUUGGAGCAGUGACUGGGUUGUAGGUAGCUGAAGAAAUCUCCAGCUGGUCCUGGAAGUUUUUCCAAAACCAACUUAGUCUCAAGGCUUACUUGGGUUCAGUGUACUUCAUGAUCCAGAUUCCAAACCUAAUUAGAAUGAGAAUAUGCAUGAAUGCUUAAGCAGUAUAAACCACUUAACAAAUCUCAAAGAGUACUUUACUCCAAGUUUCUGGGGUUUUGUUUAUACAUGGAACUUACUAUGUGCCAGACACUAUUCUAAGCACUUUAUAAACCUUAGCUCAUUAAAUCCCCAGACGAAACUUAUGCAGUACGUACUGUUAAAAUCUGUUUUACAGAUGAGAGAUGUGAGGCUUGGAGAGCUUAGUCACUUGCCUGAAGGUCACACAGCUCAUAAGUGGUGGAACUGAGAUUCAAACCCUGGCAGUUUGGCCAGGAAAUUCAUCACGGGCACCCUGCCACUGCCAAAGUGUCUACCUUGAUGCCUCUUUGAUCUUUAAGUUGUGUCUUGGUGACAAAGAAAGGAUUAGGCAAGACUAUCCAUAGCAUCCAAGAUUCCUCAAUUUCAAUUUUUGUUCUUCAAGAUCUUAGCUGCUGAAUAGCUUUGGGUUUCGAGAUAGGAAAGACUGACUUCAUAGUCUGCCCUUCCCUAGGGGCAAGAGCUAGGGUCUUUCCUGAUUUUGGUGGAAUUUUAGGGGAUAUCUUGAGUUUUGGAUGGAGACUUAGAGAUGACAACUUUCCUGCAUGGAGACCUCUGUCUAGGCUCUGGACUGACUUAAAUUAAAACCUAGAGCAGUGCCUAUGCUGAAAUGAUGCUUUUCAUUUUGGGGUUGAUUUUUGGUUUCCCUGCAAUUUUAAACUGGAGCAUUUUAAUGUUGAUUAAAAACCUUACAGUUUAUACCAAAUAAACUUAACCUUUUUGGUGCUAAGUGAAUUUCCUUUUAGGGUAACUGGUAAUUACUUCCAUAGACUGAGUAUGAGCUACACUCCAUAAGGUUCCUUAAGCUUCACGGAUAACCAUUGAAGAGUCUCUGGCCAAAAUACUGUUUUCUUCUUAUUUAAUUCUAUUUCCCAAAUUGUCAGUAGUGUCAUAAUGAUUCCCAGUGUCCAGCCCAGUGCCUGGCAUGCAGUAGGAAGUAAAUUCAGUAUAAGUGGAGCAUGCUGCAAUUUUGGUGUUAAGUGGAAGGAGUAAUUGUAUGAUCACACACAGAUGUAUUUUGGUAAAUGGAUGUUUCAUUACAUAGAGGUGCACAAAAUUCCAGAGUUUUCUGAGGGGAAGGGAUUGGUGACAGCCCCAAGGAUAGAGGCUGCCAUUCCAUUUCAUGUAGGCCAAGAAGGAGGUUAUUAGUGAACAGUUAAUUAUGGAUUUGGCACUAGACUCUUCUGCUCCUUUGAGAAGACUUUGAGCACCCCUCACCUCAGCCUUUUAUUUUAUCCCUCUUGUGGGCUAAUGUGAGGGUAAUCUUACAGAUAUUAUAGGAACUUCUCUUUCUUUCUCAACCUUUAUGAAAACAAUGCAUAGUAAAAUAUAUCUAGAAAACCUUUCUGCUUGAGACUUUUCUUUUAAUGGGCUUUUUUUAUUCUAAUGAUAAUUGUACCUUUAUCUUUCAAAAGCUGAGAUUUCCUACCUAAAGUAUCUCCCCCAAAAAUAUCUCAUUAAAAAGCCCACAAAAAGAAUAGGAGAGAAGAAAGCCUUAAGUAUCAAUUCCAAAACAGUGAUUGAAAUCUUCCCAAAUAAUUAUGGCUUAUAUCAUCUGCAGAGAUAGCCUGGCUUGGCUUACCCCAUAAUCUAAUUUCAGAAGAAAAAAAGCCUUAUUUUAACACUCGUCUAAAUCAACACUAAAGCCUUUUGUCUCAAAGGGUUUAUUGAGAAACUCAAAGGAAUAUCCUUUUUAAAUUAAUGUUAUCAAAUGUGUACAGCUUCCCGUUUGCCUCGUGUCCAACUAAAUCCACCCUCCCAAGUCCUUCUUCCCUUUCUUUGCGUGGUCUCAUUUAAGUUGUGUGGGUUAGAAACAGUAUCUUAGAUCUUACAAUCAAAUGACAAAGAAGGAAAUUGCCCUUUUUAAGAAAUACUGACAAGUGGCUCCUGUUUUCUAAAGGACAAAAUAAAGAUGUCUCAUUUUUAAUUAGGCUCUUUUCCCUGCUGGGUUGGAAAUUCCAGUGCAAUACCAGUUGACUACAACUGCCAAAUCUGAAAGCCCAAAGGAAAAAAUAAAGCUUUUUGCUAAUUUUAUUGCAA